CCCAUCCGGCCGGGGACCGUUGGGCGGCCCGCCCGGGUCCCUCCCUCAGGACCUCCCCCCGCCCCUGAACCGCUCUCGCGGCAGCGACCCAUGUGGGAGUUCAGGCUCCUGCGGUCGCCGCCGCCGCCGCCGCUGCUGCUCCUGCUGCCGCAGCUCAGCCUCGGAAUGGCCGCGUCGCGCUCGCAGGCCGAAGCCAUGAACCUGGGCGGCGGCGGCGGCGGCGGCGGCGGCGGCUGCGCACGGGGCUCCCCGUUGGCCGCGGCGCGCCGGCCGCAGUGCGUGCAGCUGUCCCCGGUGCCGGGAGCCGACCCGCAGCGCAGCAACGAGCUGCUCCUGCUGGCGGCCGAGGCGGCGGGGCCGGCCCUCCCUGGGGACCCGGCGAGGGAGGAGCCGCAGCAUCACGUUCUCUAUUUCCCCGGGGACGUGCAGAAUUACCAUGAAAUUAUGACUCGUCAUCCUGAGAAUUAUCAGUGGGAAAACUGGAGUCUAGAAAAUGUUGCCACCAUUUUAGCCCACCGGUUCCCCAAUAGUUAUAUUUGGGUGAUAAAGUGCUCGCGAAUGCAUUUGCACAAAUUCAGCUGCUAUGACAAUUUUGUGAAAAGUAAUAUGUUUGGUGCUCCAGAACACAAUACUGACUUUGGAGCUUUUAAGCACCUUUAUAUGUUAUUAGUUAAUGCUUUUAACUUAAGUCAGAACAGUCUGAUAUCAAAGAAGAAUGUAAAAGAUUUGAAUAAGGACUCCAAAGCAUCUAAUUGUAGAUCCAGUUCUCACACUACUAAUGGUUGCCAGGGAGAAAAAGAGAGGACCUGUGAAGAAUUUGAUGAGUCCACCCUGAGUUUUUACCCACCAUCACUAAAUGGUGCUUCUUUUACUUUGAUUGGAUUCAGUAAAGGUUGUGUUGUUUUGAAUCAAUUGCUUUUUGAAUUAAAAGAAGCCAAGAAAGACAAGAACAUAGAUGCUUUUAUCAGAAGCAUAAGAACAAUGUACUGGCUGGAUGGCGGUCAUUCUGGAGGAAGCAAUACGUGGGUUACUUAUCCAGAAGUCCUGAAAGAAUUUGCACAAACAGGGAUUAUUGUUCAUACCCAUGUAACACCUUACCAAGUGUGUGAUCCAAUGAGAUCUUGGAUUGGAAAGGAGCACAAGAAAUUUGUUCAGAUUCUUGGAGAUUUUGGUAUGCAGGUGACCAGCCAAAUUCAUUUUGCAAAAGAAGCUCCUUCCAUAGAGAAUCACUUCAAGGUUCAUGAAGUAUUUUGAGACUAUAAAAGUAUUAAUAUACUUGUUCAGUGGAAGAGCAGAAGCACUUUGGGUGUUAUAAAUACAGAUAAUAAGAUAUAAUUCAUAGAUGCAUUGUCAGUUUUUUGGGGGAGGGCGGGGGGAGGAAGCACACAUUCCUAAAAUGAGUAUAAUGUGCAAUAGUAUUCCUUGCUUGUGAAUGUGAACGGUUUUUAAUUUGGGUUGGGUUAGAAUUAGUUCAUUUGAAAAGUAAAAGAUGAUUUGUGAUAAUCCUACAAGGAGAGAGAGAAGACCCUUAAGAAUGAAAGUUACAAUAUAGUCCUUAUAUAAAAGGUCUUGAAAAUUGUUGGAAAA